AUGUCAGUGAUAUCAGAUGAAGGCGAAUUGGUGUUUCUUUCGGAUAGAAAUGGAAGCUUAAUCAAGUCAAUACGUGAGGUGUUCCCAACGGCCGCACAUGAGUAUUGUAUCUGGCAUUUGUCUCAAAAUGUCAAAGGACAUGUUUUCAACAACAGAGACGCUUGCGCAAGCAAGUUUACAGAGUGUGCACAUGCUUAUACAGUGGUUGAGUUCGAUGAUCUCUAUGAGGGCUUUUCCAGAAGGUAUCCUUCUGCUGCGGCAUAUCUGGAGAAAAGUGAUGAAGUGAGAAAAUGGGCAAUAUGUUACUUUGAAGGAGACAGAUACAAUGUUAACACAACCAAUGCAGCAAAAUCAAUUAAUGGUGUUCUUCGGAAAGCGAGGAAAUUCUUCUUGCUACCGAUGAUUGAUGUUAUCAUCAAGAAAAUGACUGAAUGGUUUAACAAACAUAGGAAGAAGGCAGCUGAAAUACCAGUCACAAAGAAGCUUGUGCCAACAGUGGAAAAGGAGUUGUCAAAAAGAUGUUUGGAAGUGAGGUGUUUAGAUGUUGUUGAGAUAAACAACUUCCACUUUGAGUACAAUGUCAAUGGUAGUGACGGAAAGAUUUAUACGGUUGAUUUGGCAAGAAAAAUGUGCACCUGCAGGUGUUUUGAUAUAGACAAAAUCCCAUGUGUUCAUGCUGCAGCUGCUUCCAAGUUCUUGAGCGUAAGAAGAGAUCUUCAUCUACAAGAUUACUGUUCAAAAUACUAUUUGGUGGAGUUGUGGGCAUUGGCAUACUGUAGGACGAUUUAUCAUGUUCCUCAUAUGUCUGAAUGA